AUGGGUAUCGCUGCAAGACUUGCAAUCAUUCCUCAAGAAAUUCUAAAUAUAGAAAACGAGAAGCUCGAACUAGAGCAAAGCCUGGAUCUCACCCAGGAGCCUAUGUUUCUCUCUUUCGUCGAUCCAGUAGUUUGGAUACACAAUCCAGUAGUUUGGAUAGAAAAUUAUAGACUUUAUGUUCGGGACAAAAUCCGCAUUCUUGAAAUGCGGAAGAGGGCGCUGCUGAGCGAACAGCAAUCGCUCAUCGUGAAGGCUGCCCUCCGCGGUGACCGUGGAAACUAA